AUGACCAGCACGCUGCAGCCCCUGCGAAUAUCGCUAAGCAGGGCAUCGUGCAGCUGUGUAGCUCGUCGCGCUGCCAGCACCAAAGCCACUGCAGCAUGGAAGAAUAAAGGCGACCUGCUAGUGGCCGACGGCGAGAUCGCCCAGCGUCUUCUCAAGACCGGUGUAUGGAAUGGCAAACGCGGCCCAAAGAAGUCCGGACAGAAGCAGUUGGCCGUUGAACCGCGGCGCGUCAAUAUUGUCAGCAAGAAGCUCUGCGACGACGUUGUCAAAUACAUUGGCCCCUCGCUACAACGACACAAAGGAUGCGACCUAAUCGAUCUCAACCCAGGAGCUGGCCUCUGGAGCCAAGCCCUACACGAAGCCGUCGAACCCCGAAAGCACAUCAUGAUGGAUCUCGAUGCCGACCUCUACCAGCCAUACCUCUCUCCUCUACUCGCCAAAGAAAACGUCGAGAUGAUUCCCAAAUCCGGCCUCAUCUGGAAAGACCUCUUUGACAUGAUUCGCACACGCCUCUCGCACCAAACAGAAACACCCGCCGCCACUACUCCCACACGCAACGACACUCUCCUCGUAACCGCCAACCUGUCCAUGUUCCCCAAAAAGUCAUACCGGGGCUUCGACUCCAUCAGCACCAUGGUCCUCUACCAAUUCCUCUCGUCGAUCCGCCAAUCGACACUUUUCCAGAAAUACGGCCUCGUGCGCAUGCUCAUCUGGGUCAACGACGAAGAUAAACGACGCCUACUUCCGCGCUCCCUCACCCGCCGCCGCCGCAGCGCCUUUGAAGCCGAACUCUCCUGCGAAUGGCUCCAUGACGUUGCGAGCCCCGAUGUCGAAGAGAACCGCACCGCCCUGCGCGACGAGCUGCUCAACCUGGAAUCCGGAUACAAGGCCGUCUACCACAUGAAAGGCAUGGGUCUCAAGAUGCCCACGGACCGCCAGACGAAGCUCUACUCGCGCGUCAUAGCUGACCCAAGCCUCCACGGGAAGCGUCUUGCCGGCGUGCACGACCCCCAUAUUGCGCGCCCGUUUAAAAAGGAGCUGGACGAUCUUGAGGGCGAGUCGUCCUCGUCUGUUGAUGAAGCGCGGCUCCGAAUACUGCGACAGCGCAAAAAGUCAGAGGGCGCAGAGGGCCAAGAGUACCUCUCGCUUCUGCAGCAGCGCGACGAGGCACUCAGCGUCUACGCCUCGAACCCUGCGCGCUUUGCGAUCCUCAAUGAGGCGUGGAACGCACGAAUCGACAACUUCAAGAAGAACUCGUUCAACGAGUUCCAGCUUAUCCGCGACAACUACCACAUCUUUCGGCAGUCGCCGCCGGCUUUGCUCUGGGACCGGCGACACUAUGAGCCGCUGGCGACGGCAGAUGAGGAAUUCUUCCCGAAUGCGCCAACGGCAUUACUAGAUAUUCAGCCUAAGGCUGCGCAUCCACUCCUCUUACAGCAUGGUCCUGAGUCCACUCGCUCUGGCGACAUGUCGGAUGUAAUGCUGCGCUUCUGGUUCCAGUACCUGCUUGACCCGGCGCCCAAGGCUAUGGAGAGCCUGUGGGCUGGGUUUGCCGACUCGGCGGCGUCGUGCCCGAGUCUAUUUGAUCCGACAAAGGGAGGAUCCCCGUUGUCGAACAAUGGCGUUUUACUGGCCCGCUGUAUCAACGAGACGCAAUGGGUGGAAAUCUUGCAGGCCUGGAUGGACUGGAAGUUCCGGCCUGACUUUACGCGCAUGUUGGGCCGCAUGGCUGACGAGAGCGAGUAUGAGGAUGAGGAUGGCUCGCGGUCUGGCGCUUCAGGAAGCCGAUUAGGAUGA